AUGGACUUACAGGGUUCAUGUUUAUCCAAAGAUGUGUAUCAUCUUAUUUGUGAAGUAUGGGAGGAGCAAAUGAUGAAGAAAGAGAGUUGGUCACGUGAUUAUGACAACUGUCUUCGAAAAGAUGGAUUAUUGGAUUGGGGGGAAAUAAAAGAAACUGUGCUCAAAGACAUAGAUCUGUCACUAAUAGAAGGAAAAUACAAACUGUAUGUGGUCAGUUUGCUGCCAGUCUGUUAUCAUGUUGAUAUACAUAUCUCACAGUUAUCUGAACAACAAUUUAUUGUACAAUAUGGUGACCAGUUGAAGUGGACUGGACAGGCACAGAUAUUUAUUGAAUGUUUUAAGCUUAUUCAAUCAGAAAAUACAGUUGAUAAUAUAUUAUGUAUAUUGCUGUGUACUGCAGCUUUGGAAAGAGCACUUGGAGAUAUAUAUCUGUUGAAGAAGACACCAUGUCCAUUUCUACUCAAAGAUCUGUUAUCAACCUCAGAGUUACAAGAAGUAUUUGGACCAAUAGCUAUAUUUUGUUUACAUGUAAUGAUAGGUCCACCUACUAGUCUCAAUAUUAGGAAUAUCUUAUGGCAUGGGUUUGCUGCCCCAAAAGAAAUCCCCAAACUGUAUGCAAGUUUUCUAUUAGUCUUGAUAGCUAGUCUUAGUCAAGUACUACAGAUAAAAGAGACAAUCACUCAUCGAUCUUAUUUCCAACUACACCAUUUUACAGAUUGUGAAGAUGUAUUUCCAGAAAUUGUCCAGACAGAUGAAAAAGAUAUCCACAAUCUCAUCACCACAUCAAGAUUUAUUCUCCCCACAAUGCAACAGUACUGGUUUACUGCUCUUCAGCAUUAUUACUCUGGAAAAUAUGGUUAUUGUUGUGUAUUACUUCUGCCCCAAUUGGAAAAUGGUCUGAGAGGCGUAUUUUGUAAUUUCAAUAAUUGUCCACAAAGAAUGUUGACUGCAGAAUCAUCUGUCCUGUAUACGACAUUUGAUGAGAUGCUUAAUCCUAUAUUACCUAAUGGUGAAGAAAAUGCAUUGGUUUCACAAAUAGGAGACUCUCUUAUGGAAUUAUUACUUGAUAUGCUGACGUACAUGGAAGGACCUCGCAUUCGAGACCACAUGAGUCAUGGAGAAUUAGAUGUGUUAUCUAUGCCACAGUAUAUAGCCACAUAUGUACUAUCUGUCUCUCUUUUAUUCGCUUUGAAAUAUUCCACUGAGAACUGUUUGAUUGGGAAGCCUCUGUUACAAAAACUUCACUCAGUUGGAGAGAAUUACGUAUCCUUUUAUCAUCCGGUAGCAUACUGUAAACGAUCGUUGCAAAAGUUGUGUCAGGAAUUGAGUGACUGGGAUCAGCUACCCCAAAUUUCUUUGGAUGUCACAUCAUCAUCAUGUUCCUUGGAGAGUAUUUCUGUACGCGGC